AUGGAUAAGUGGAAAAACAUACCACUUACGAAAGAGGAGGAGGAAGGAAUUACAGCGGCGGCGGAUGAGGUGAGCGGAGAAGAGAUUUUUCAGAGGACCCUUGCAGGAAGACUAUGGACAACAAAUGGUUUCAACUCUAGAGCGUUCACUACAACGAUUGUGGGGGCCUGGAAACUAAAGAAUGCUGUGGAGACACAAGAGUUAAACAAAAAUCUGUUCCUCUUCAGGUUUGCAACAAAAAGAGAAAUGGAAUGGGUGCUUCGUAGCGGCCCAUGGAGCUUUGAUAGGAACCUUUUGGUGUUGGACAGGGUUUCAGGGGAAGAGCAACCUUCCAACCUUAACAUGCACUACGGGAUGUUCUGGGUUCGUGUCUACGAUCUCCCUUUGAUGCUGAGAUCCGAGACAAUGGCGCGGAAGGUUGGUCAAAUCCUAGGUACGUUCGAAGAGAUGGAUACGAAGGAAGGACAUAGGAGCGGGAGAUUCCUCAGAAUUAAGGUUAAAAUAGAUCUGAAUAAUCCACUCAAGCGAGGGACGGUGGUUCGAUUUAAGGAGAAAACUCACAGAGUGUACUUCAAAUACGAGAGACUCCCAACUUUCUGUUUCGUAUGUGGGAGAAUCGGCCAUCAAAUGAAGGAUUGUGAUGCUCUAGGAGAUCUAAGUGAAGAGGGCUUCGAAGAUCUGGAUGAACAGGAGCUAUCCUAUGGUUUAUGGUUACGAGCUUCGCCACUCCCAAAAGUUUUUGACGACCAAAAGUCCAGAGAGGGGAGUUCGGGGACGUGCAGCAGGAGUCUGUUCCAGGUAUCUUCAAGUCAAAGCAGGUGCAACAAUAAUGAAAAAGACAAGGAGGAAGGGGUUGAAGUUACACAGGUUCGAGACCACAAGAAAAAGGGUACUGAGAAGGAGGGUGAACCGGGAGGGAAGCAGGGAGUAGAUAAUUUGGCUAUUGAGACGGUGGCGGAAUCCCUUGGGGCUGUGAUCAUCUCCGAGGCUGACAAAGUCAUCAAUCAAAAUCCAGUGGAAACAGUGCAAAAGAAAAAGAAAUGGAGUAGGAGGAAGCCGGGGAAGAAACCCAUGGGGGAGACUAGAAGCAAGGAAGCAAUUGAGAGGGGAAAAAGACAACUAGUGGAGGUGCCUAUUAGAGAAGUGUCCUCUGAAGAAAUGGGGCAAAUCAACAAGAAAAGAAGGCAGCCAGAAGUAGGUGAGAUAAAUCAAAACAUUGUACUAGAGGUGGUGUUGGAAUCCCAACACCGCCUAUCCCAAUGA